AUGGCGCGUGACAAUUAUUAUAUCGGCCUUUUGGAUUUGAAACCGUUCGCUUUUGAUGAAAUUGACAAAUUUGUCAGGAAGCUGUUAAUGGAUCUAAAUACAACAAUUCUAACAGAGCUGAAAAUUCAAUAUAAAAAACCCGACAUUUUCAUCUACGGCAAAAGAGAGAACCUAAUAUGGCUUAUUGAAGUGGGUGUGACUUCAAUAGAUAACCUAAAGAGCGUGGAAGUAGAAAAACUGCACAAAUACGACAUUUUAGCUAGUGAAUUACAACUGAUUCACAAGGCUAAGGUGAAGCUUGUGCAAAUUGUCAUUACGUAG